AGUGCGUUGCUGGGCCGUAAGCCGGUGUUGCUCAGUCAUUGUGCGGAUGGCGCUGAGUGGAGCUGAAGGGCUGAGGCAAUUAGCUGCCAUGUACGAGCAGCUGAAAGCCGAAUGGGCAAAGAAGAGCCCCAACCUGAGCAAAUGCGGGGACGUACUUGGGAAGCUGAAGCUGGCUCUUUUGGAGCAGAACUUUUUGCCUACCACUGAUGUUAAACUCACAAAGCAGCAACUAAUUCUAGCUCGGGAUGUUUUAGAGAUUGGCGCACAGUGGAGUAUACUGAAGAAAGAUAUACCAUCUUUUGAAAGAUAUAUGGCCCAGCUUAAAUGCUACUACUUUGACUACAAGGAUGAACUACCGGAAUCUGCUUAUAAACACCAACUGCUGGGACUCAACCUCCUAUUCCUUCUGUCACAAAACAGAGUAGCUGAUUUCCACACAGAGCUGGAGAGGCUACCAGCCAAAGAUAUUCAAACUAAUGUGUACAUUAAACACCCUGUAUCUCUUGAGCAGUAUUUGAUGGAGGGAAGCUAUAACAAGGUUUUUCUGGCUAAAGGGAAUAUCCCAGCUGAGAGCUACACCUUCUUUAUCGACAUUCUGCUGGAUACAAUAAGGGAUGAAAUUGCCGAUUGCAUUGAAAAAGCUUAUGGAAAAAUCCAAUUUAAUGAGGCAACAAGGAUAUUAUUCUUUACCACUCCCAAGAAAAUGACAGAGUAUGCAAAGAAGCGUGGUUGGGUGUUGGGUCCAAACAAUAACUACAGUUUCAGUAGCCAGCAGCAGAACCCGGAAGAUGUCACCAUUCCAUCCACGGAGCUAGCCAAGCAAGUCAUCGAGUAUGCCCGACAACUAGAGAUGAUAGUUUAAUCUAUGUGGGGCAAUGGGCUACUUACCAGUUACCCUUUUCCCAUUCCCUUUUUACUGUAUGAUCUAUACAUUUACUUCAACGGUGGUUUUUACAAAGUGGUCUGGGCUGAUUUUCUUUCUUGUACAACAAUCCAUUGUUUGCUUCAUCACAUUUCUGACGGAUUUCCAACCCCUUAUUUUUUUGUAUGACCUAGAAUGCCAAGGGGAAAUUUUUCCUGUUUUAUACAAGUGAUGCGUUGGCCUGGAGAAGGCAUCAAGUUUAAUGGACUUCACACACAGAUAUAUCUCUACACUGGUGGUGACAUCACGGCGCUAGUAGUACACCUGGAGUGUUGCCGUUUUAUGUGUCAUACUUGUCACGGCCCUCCCUACUGGAUGGUGGCAUUGUCACUGUGAGGCAGGGUUUUAUAUUUGUCCUCAGCCAGAGCUGUAACUUAUAUAUAUUUUUUUUUAUUUUAUUUUUUUAAAGAAACCAGUUUUGUUUAACAGUUGAGGCCUAGACACAGACUGCAAAUGAAUGCCAUCCGUUACCUUGUGUAACUGAAACAAUGUAUAUAUACAGACAAUAAGAAUAAAGCGCUAAUUUGGCCGCACUUGUCA